GUAAAUAUUCAAUGAGUGGAUAGACCGAAUACGUCCAAUGCACAAAAUUUGCAGCAGAAGAAACGAGAGGCAGAUCAAAAAGUAUGAUAUCGGUGAUUAAAAAAAAGUUCUGCGUAUGCCUGGUCCAGACAUUUACAGACUUUUAAAACAGUAAUAAACUGACCGAUUUUCUUCAGAAAAUAAUAGAUGUGUCCCAGCAUGCAAAGAAUUACGAAUCAAAUACCGUUCAUACUUUUACCAUUUAGAUUUUUUUUAAGAAAUUUAGAACUUAAUCUUUCACGGAAUCUUUUUGGUCUUUUUCGGAGUAACGAACCAAUGAUCUCUAAAUGCGCAGGUAUCCUUCUGUUGAUCAACAGCAUGCGGCAGCUGUUCAAAUCGUAAAAUUAUUUCCACAACUUAGUAAUACGCGAGUCACACCAACUGCUCCUGAUGAGUCAUUUUUCUUUUGGCGCAACGGAGGCAAGGAAAAGGGUGCUCAUACUGGCAUGAUAUUUCAUCGCAUCCGGAAUGUCAUCAAACAGCUACCUGCAGAAAAACAUAAAUAUAAUCGAGGAACUAUGCCUGUAGAAGAGUCCGUUUCAACUGAACUUGUAGAGCGGGCUCAAUUGCUCCGAGUAAUGCUUGCAUCGGCAUCAGUAGCAGAACAUAUUUGUGAUGAAAUGGACCGAUGCUUUCCAGUCCUCAAACUGUUAUUAAAAGAAAAGAAACCCGUUAAUGAUAUCUUGGAUAUGUUUCCACACCUGUGUUCAUAUGAAGGAUUGGUGAUUCGUCAAAUGUUUGAGAGAUUGUAUCCUAACAGAACAGAAGGUCUCAAAAUCGAGGAUGUCUUCUCUCAGUGUCUAUCUUAUUCACCGUCCAGAUUCUCUAGAGUAGAAGAUGGUGAGAUAUAAUUUUUUUUAAUUUAGCCCAAAGGUCUGUCAUAAAAUUUUAAAUUUGUAAAACUAUUCACAGAUCACAUUCGAGGAUGCUUGAGAAUAAUUUCUCAUAUGCCAAUUCGCGGACAAAAAAGAA